AUGAAGGGUCCUCUUCUUCUUCAACCUCAUGAAGUCAUUGACUUCUCAAAACCCCGAAACAAGAAGACCCACAACAAUGCCAAAGCCGAAAAGCCGGAUACUGUGCUGGCUGGGAAGUUAGUUGGCAUUAGAGGCGAUAAAGCAAUCAAGCAAAUUGUCCAAAGCAUUGAAAGGCUUGGACCAAACCAGAAAACAGAUGAAACCCAGAAAGGUUUUGGGGAAUUUAGAAUUUGGGAUUCCUUGGAGGGACUUGGACAAAAUGAAAAAUGGGAUGAAACCCACAAAGAUUUUGUGGAGUUUGGAAUUGGUGGUUGCUUGGAGGGACUUGGAAAAGCUGCGGAAUCAAGAUUUGGCGGGAAAAUGCCGUGGGAGAGGGAUGAAAGGAUCGUCUUUCAGAGAAUAAAGAAGAAAAGGGUGGCAAGUGCAGCCGAACUGAGCCUCGAGAAAGAGUUGCUUGAGAGGUUGAGAGGUGAGGCUGCUAAGAUGAGGAAAUGGGUGAAGGUCAAGAAAGCUGGGGUCACUCAAGCCGUUGUGGAUGAUAUAAAGUUCAUUUGGAAAACAAAUGAACUUGCCAUGGUCAAAUUUGAUGUGCCUCUCUGCCGGAAUAUGCAUAGAGCUCAAGAAAUAGUUGAGACCAAGACUGGAGGCAUGGUUGUUUGGCGAAAGAAAGAUACACUUGUAAUUUAUAGAGGAUGCAAUUAUCAGUCGAGUUCAAAAUUUUUUCCAAAGAUGCGCCCAUGCUCUGCUGACCGUCAAGAAACAUUGUCCUCCGAUCACAUGCAGCCGGAUUUGGAAGAAAGUAGUAGUUAUCAAUAUAAAUCAUUUGAAAGUCCUGUGGAUGAAAAGAUGAGCGGAAAGGAUGCAGAAGAGGAUUGUAUUCAAACUGGAACCUCUCAAGAAACCAGUAUGAGUUGCCAACCAACUACUAGGUCAUUAUAUGAGAAGGAAGCAGAUAGAUUAUUGGAUGGCUUGGGACCUCGAUUCAUUGACUGGUGGAUGCACAAACCUUUGCCAGUAGAUGCGGACUUGCUUCCGGAAGUGGUUCCUGGGUUCAAAGCUCCAAUUAGGCGUUGUCCACCACACACUAGAUCAAAGCUGACAGAUGAUGAACUAACAUUCUUGAGGAAGUUUGCUCGCUCAUUACCUACUCAUUUUGUCUUAGGAAGGAACAGAAAACUUCAAGGCCUCGCUGCUGCCAUUUUAAAAUUGUGGGAGAAAAGUCUUAUAGCGAAGAUUGCUGUGAAGUUCGGAGUUCCGAACACAAACAACGAGCAAAUGGCAUAUGAGCUGAAGUGUCUCACAGGAGGAGUUCUGAUACUACGUAAUAAGUUUAUUAUAUUACUUUAUAGAGGCAAGGACUUCCUUCCUUGUGGGGUUGCAGAUUUAGUAGCAAAAAGGGAAGUGGAGCUCACAAGAUGGCAACUCUACGAAGAACAUGCACGCCAAAAAGCAAUUGAAACUUUUUGUGAAUCUGGUGAACCGUUAGUGAAUACAGUUGGAACAUUAUCAGAAUUCCAAGAUAUCCAAACUGAGUAUGGAGAACUUAUAAAAGAAAAUAAGAAUGUCGAAAUUAAGCUGGAAGCUGAAAAGGAACGACUAGAGAGGGAACUGAGGAAUCAAGAACGGAAGUUUUUCAUUCUAAACAAAAAAAUAGAGAAAUCAACAAAUGAGUUAUCAAAGUUGAAUUCUCAAAGGACACCUGCUGAGCAGGAUGUUGACCAGGAAAUGAUGACUGAGGAAGAGAAAGAAUGUUUACGAACGAUAGGACUGAAGAUGCAUAGUUGCUUGGUGCUCGGCAGGCGUGGGGUUUUUAAUGGUGUAAUGGAAGGUCUUCAUCAGCAUUGGAAGCACAGAGAGGUAGUCAAGGUUAUUACGAUGCAGAAACUGUUUAGACAGGUCAUGCACACUGCAAAGUUGCUUGAAGCAGAAAGUGGUGGGAUUCUAGUUUCAGUGGAUAAGCUAAAAGAAGGCCAUGCUAUUAUUAUUUACCGUGGGAAAAAUUACCAACGGCCUUUAAGGCCAACAGGGGGGAAUCUUCUAUCUAAAAGAAAAGCAUUGCAUAGAUCUCUUGAAAUGCAGAGAAUUGGAUCACUCAUGUUUUUUGCAUCCCAGAGACAGCAAGCAACCUUAGACUUGAAACUCAAACUGGAAACUCUGGAAAAAAGCAGAGGAGUUGAUCAAAGAGAAUCUGAAGUUUGA